CUUACAAAAAGGCGCCAAAGUUUGAAUCAUCAUAAAUUUCACACAGAAGAAGAAAGAAAGAAAGAAAGAAAGAAAGAAAGAAGAUAAACACAACACAAUACACAUCUCACUAGAGACACUCUCCGGCCUCCACUCCUCCUGUGCUCGCCCCCACUGCUGCUGCUUUUGCUCCUUUCCCUCGCGUUCGCCGUGUGUUUGCUAAGUUAGUGGUCGGUGGUGCUCCGUCGUUCACCUGUGUUUCUCCGCCAUUCGCGUCUGCCACUGCCCCGCCAUUCACCUCUGCUUCUGCUCCGCCAUUUCUUCCGCUUCCUCUCUCUCCUUCGGUUGUCUCUUUUUGAUGGGUUAAAGAGAAACUGGUAAUAGCAGCAAAGUUUUAGAGUGGGAUGGCAAAAUACUAUGAUAUUGAUGAUAUUAUCACAGAGGAAGAGAUUGUGUCAGUUAUAUUUCAGAAGCCAGCAUCUGGAGUGGGGAUAGAUCCCAGUUCUGAAACAGACUUUAUUGAAACAGGUUCAAAAGUUGAACUGCCUUUUUGGCUUGCUCAUGAACUACAGUUGAGACAAGCAGUAUCAGUCCAUGUUCCUCCUUGUUUCAAUCAAAAAACAAGGUUAGAGAUCCAGGCUGAUUCUGCAAGUGUGGAUUUGAGGUCUAGAUGUCCAUUCUUCUAUGAAUUUGGUUGCAAGAUAGCACCCAUAGUUAGUGAUAGAACCAUUGGGUUUCUGUUGUUGUCGGCAUUCAAGAGUAGGUACAAGGAAAUUCUCACCAAGGCACAUACUACAGCAUUUGCAGCUGGUUCCAAAUUCUGGACUAUUUUGACAAAAGAAGAGAUCAGUUUGUAUGAGGCAGCUCAAGCUGCAAUGGUAUCCUUCAAGAAGUGGCGAAGGGGCGGACCUAGAUUCCAGAUAGCUUCCAUUCUGGCAAGAAAGAGAAAAUCAACUGACUAGUUGCUUUCUGAGUUCUAAGUUCAUGCUUUUGGACAGAUUCAUAUAAAUCCAGAUUAUUACAAGAUGUGUAAUGGUCUAAUGGACAAAUGAAAUCUUAAAUUAUUGAUGUUAACAACACUAUGCACACUA